UCAUGGCAGCGGAAUCUAAAGCCCGGACUCAGAAGAAGAAAGGAAAGAAGAAAGGAAAGCACUGGGAAGACAAAGGAGGAGGAAGCCGUUCCGUUCAUGGCUCACUCUCUUGGCUCCAACUCCUUUCUUCUUAAUCCCUCUCAUCGUUCAUCCCUCCCGUCAAAAAAUCACAGAAGGAGUUCCUUUAUUUCCGCGGCGGCGCCAAAGAGGGGCAUCUCCUUCCCUCCCUUUAGAGUCGGGAAGCAAGGCGACGGCGAGCCUGGGGAGGGAAGCAAGCAAGAGGCGCCGGAGAAAGGCAGAAAGAAUCCGUUCAAUUUCGGAAACGUGAAUGUGCCUGAUGUUCAGGCAUUGAUCCCCAUCAGCCAGGCUUCAGCCUUGACGCGUCGAAAGGACAGCCAAACUGUUUUUGUUGCUGGUGCAACUGGCCAGGCCGGUGUGAGGAUCACACAAACACUUCUCCGGCAGGGAUACAAGGUCCGGGCCGGCGUUCAGGACCUUGGGUUCGCGCAAGAGCUUGCUCGCAUUGCUGCUAAUUAUAAGAUAAUUUCCAAUGAGGAACUGAAGCGACUGAAUGCUGUGGAAUCUGCAUUUGAGAGUCCAGAAUCAAUUGCAAAGGCAAUUGGUAAUGCCGCAAAGGCUGUUGUCACUGUAGGUCCUGGCGAGAAUGGUCCGAGCACUGCGGUAACUGCAUUGGAUGCUCUGAAGGUGGUCCAGGGAGCUGAGCUUGCUGGUGUCCAGCAUGUUGUGCUGAUCUAUGAAGUAGCUGUAACUCCAGUCUCCACCUACAACGUGCUAGAUGGUCUCUCAUCCUUCUUCUCGAACAUUUUCUCCUUCAACCAAGAGCUAUCCUUGCCAGAAUUGCUGGCAAAAGUGGCUGAAACUGAAAUUGGUUACACACUGAUUAAGGCCAACCUUGCCGAUGAUUACUCACCAGAGAGCAGCUACAAUGUUGUCAUUAGACCGGAAGGGAGUGCAGCUCAAGAUGACUACAAAGUGUCAAAAUCGCAGGUUGCUACCCUGGUGGCAGAUGUUUUCUCAAACAUAGCAAUUGCAGAAAACAAGGUUGUUGAAGUUGGUACAAGUCCAUCGGCUCCAGCAAGAUCAACUGAUGAACUAUUCAGCACGAUUCCAGAAGAUGGAAGAAGGAAGGCCUACGCUGAAGCUGUGGCAAGAGCUAAAGCAGAGGAAGAAGCACUAGAAGCAUCAAGGAAGGCACAAGAAGCAGCAGAGGCUGCAAGGAAGCUGGAAGAGGAAGUAAAGAAGCUCUCCAAACAGGAGGUAAUAGCUGCCACCUUAGCAGAAGAAGCCCAAGAGAAGGCCCAAGCAGUUGGGUCUAACAUUGACAAAUUACUUAGUAGAGCAAAAUCUGCGGGACAGGACUUCUCCUGGGAGAAAUUAUCAUCUCAGUUUGCAGAUUCCAUCAAACUGAAACCAAAUGAGAUUCCAAAAGUUCAGUUGGCAACAAUUCGUGGACAAGCAAAAGCUCAGACUUUGCCUCCAAAGAAGGCGAUUGUAAAGCCACCAAAGCAGGCAAAACAACCCCAACCACCUCAGCCGAAAUUGAAACCCAAUGAAAAAAAAUCUGAAGUUAGGAAUGUGUUUGGUGGCCUAUUCAAGCAAGAGACAAUCUACAUUGAUGAUGAUUGAAGGCAAAUCUUCUGGUUACAAAGUAGUGAAAAGGGAGUUGUAGGGCCGAGAUUUUGCAAGUGUAUUCUUUCUCGGUGUGCUCCUUUCCAAAUUUUGUGCAGAAGACAUCAAGUUGCAAUACGAUGUACCGAUAUUACUUAA